AUGACAAGUAAUUGUUGUAAUAGAAACUGUACAUUUUCUGCUGAUACUCUUCGUCAAGUUGUUCAACAACAACAACAAAAACAACAACAUUUUGUUUGUAAUUGUUGUUCUAAUAAUGUUUUACACAGAAAAAGUCGGAGUAUGGAUUCACAAGUAAUAAUGGCUACAACAAGUGAUCUUUGCUGUGAUAAUUUAUUGGAUAAUAAUGAUUUAAUUAAUUCACUAAAUCAAAAACAAAAUAAAGAAUUUUUAUGUCAAUGUGAAAUAAAAGAAAAGGAGAAAGAAGUUUUUGUUGAAGAAUUAAAUAAAGAGGGGGGAGAAAUUGAAAUAAAAAGAAGGGAACGUUUGGGAAGACAACAAAGAUUUCAAGGAAAUUCAAAUAAUAAAGAAUCCUUGCCUUCUUUUGAUCAAAAUAUUGAAAAUGAUAAAAAUGAUAAAAGUCCAACAGAUAAAGAUUCUUCUACCAUUCCAACUUCAACAGGGGACUCUUCUGUAUCCACAGAUCAUUCUGUUGUUUUGCAUGCAAUGAAUGUAGCAGCAAAUACUGCUGCUGCUAUAGUUACACCUGUUGUUGUUUCUAAUAUUGGUUUAAAUACUUCUUUACCUCAAAAUGAUUCUCAACAAAAUAUUUCUUCUUCCCCAAUUCCAAAUACUUCACCAAGUACUAAUAAUCAAAGACGAUUUGAAAAACGUUAUCAUACUGUUGGUGAAAUUGACACAGUUAGACGCCAAACACAAAAACAAUUUUCUACUUUAGCAAACAAAAUUAAUUGUACAAAUGAUGGAUGUAAUAACAAUUUACUAACAAAUGUUGAAGGAGAAUGUACUUCUAUAUUAAAUUCCUCAGAUUCAAGUAAUGUCUGUAAUACAGAAAUUCCUUCAAAUAUUUGUAAUUCUUCUAAUGCUAGUGGAAUAUUAAAACGUUUUUCUUGGAAUGUUUCAAGCGCAAUGAGUGGCUCUUCAAAGAAAAUAUCUUCAAAAUUACAAGAAUUGAAUGGAAGACGUUUUAGUUCACAAUCAACAAUGUCCUGUUUAUCUUCAGAAUCUUUUGCUUCUUCUUCUUCAGGAAUAUCUUCUGCUUCUUCUUUACAUUCUUCCCAUCAUUCAACAGAAACAGCUAGUUCUAAUACAACAGCACACAUUUCCUGUGGAGAACCCUCUUCUAUUUCAUCAAAUUCUGUUUGUUCAUCAACAACAUCUACACUUCAAAUAGCAGAAUAUAAUACAGAUUUAGAUGACAGACAAACACCCCAACAACAAUUAAUUGAUUCUUCUUCUGAUGAAAAUAUUGUUGAAAUUCAGCCUCAUAGACUUGUAAUUGAUAUUCAAGAUGAUAUUCAAAAACUUGAUAAAGAACAAACAAAGAUGAAGGAACAAUCAAAUAUUGAAAAUAAACAAAAAAUAAAGGAAAAUAAAAAUUCCCCGUCCCCUCCACCCCUUCCUCUAAGCCAACCACCACAAUCAUCCUCAACUGAAAGUGUUACUUUUAAUAAAGAUGAAACUGAGAAAAAUGAACAAAUUGAAGAACAAAAUGAAGAAGAAUAUUUUAGUUUAAGACCUAGAGUUGGUGCUAUGAGUUCAAAUACUUCUACAGAAGCUUGGAAUAAAAAUCAGAGAAAUAAACAAAAUAAUUCAACAGUAAAUAAACUUCCCCCAAUUCCCCCAACACCUCCCGCAAAGCCAGUAAAUAUUAACAACAAUAAUCGCCAAUCUUCUCCUAUUUCUAAAGAUAAAAAAAAAACAACAAAUUGUGGCAAUACUUCAGAUGAUAGUAAUGAAAAUGAAUUGAUGAAAUUAAUUUUAAAUGAUAGGCUUGAAACUUCGUAAAU